GAAUUGCAAGAACAACAAAACUGAGCACUCUUAUCUAUCAUUCUAUCCUCUUCUUCUUCAUCUUGGAAGUGAGUGUAGCAUAAUAAUGACCAGUUCUCGAGAGCGUUUGGUGAAGGCGGUGAAGCAGUUUGUGGAGGUUCGCUACAAGGUUUUCGGCGACCGUUAUGGCCAAAACAUCAUCGACAUCCUCGACUUUCCGAUUAAGGUUGUCUUGUCUCCCUUCACUCUCGCCUUCGAUAUUGCAGGCUCUGCUCCUCGCGGCUUCGGCGUCCCGGAACUCAUCUCCAAGCUCUCUGCCACUUCCGUCUUCGCUAUAGCUGCUCUUGGGACUUAUGACAUUGCCUUUGAGCUGGGGAGGAAGGUGAUAUGUCAAAGGAAUUGUAACUCAUGCAAUGGAUGGCGGGCCUUACAUUGUACAAUGUGUCGAGGAAGUGGGAGGGUGCAUUAUCAAGUGAAGAAUUGCAACUUGAAUACUGGAGAGAAAGCAACUGCUGAAUCUGUAGCAGACGCCAUUGCCAAUAACCGGGCUGAGUUGGUGCAUAUACCAUCAUCCUUGGAUUUUCAAAAACCGCUACCUUCAAAAGAGUGUCCAACUUGUGAUGGAACGUGUGUUUUGAUUUUGUUUGGAGAAUUUAUUGAUUAUGCACAGGGUGUAAUGAGCUGUCCUGAAUGCAAACACAGAUUGCUGCAUGUUAGGAUCUCAGCAGAUGAUAUUAUGGAGCCCCCAUGGCAAGCUUAUAAUGUCUUGAAAAAGAUUGAUUAUCCAUAUGAGCACAUAUUGCACAGCAUGAAAGAUCCCAGUAUUGCUGCAUUUUGGUUGAUUACAUUUCCUCAGAUUAUGGGUGGAUUUACCUAUGACGAUGAUGUGAAGCAGAAAAUAUGGUGGCAAUACAAGGAAAAUAUGCGGUAUGACCAACUCCGAGAUGUGGUGGCCAAGAGAAAACCAGGGUGGGAGUAUCUGCAGGAUGCCUUGAUAUCUAUUGAUCCUGCCCGUGCAAGGGAUGAUCCUGUCAUAGUGAAAAAUGUCCCUUACUAUAAGGCUAAGAAGGCUCUGGAGACAGAGGUUAUGAAGAUUGAUCCUCCACCAAGACCGCCAAAUUGGGGUGAGCUUGACCUUCCAUUGAAUGCAUCAUCUUGGAGUGAGGAGGAUCUCAAAGAUCCAGAUAAGUUCUAUGAAAUGACUGUUCUUCUUAAUGCCCAAAGAGAAAUCUCUGAUAAGAUCUUGGAUGCACAGUGGGAAACUAAAUGGCGUCAGGACAAGUUGAAUGAGAUGUUGGAGGCAAAGGUGAAGCCUUACAUUCAGGAUAUAGACAAUGCAGUUCUUCCUGAGCCUAUUUUAUUAAAGCCUCAAAAUCAGGAAAAGAGACAACGGCGGAGGUGGUUCUUCUUUUGACAACAUGGAUAAAGCUACUGUAUGCUUGAACAUGCUUGUUUGUAGUCCUAAUUUUUUGUUAUAAUCUGUAACUAUUUAUACACUGUUGGAUCCCCCCACAAGCACACAUGUGCCUCUGUUGUGGUCAUCAUUUUUGUGGAGGAAACAAUUGUUUGUGACACAAGAAAUACAAGAAAAGUCUAGAGAAACAUGCAAGAAGCAACAAAAGUCUUCUUCACCCGGCCAAACCUUUGCUGAUGUUACAUUUGGUAUUAUUAUGUCAAAUGCACUCCGAAGAUUAUUCCAUUUUAAUUCUGCGUUGCUGAAAUUCCCUGAAAAUCAAUCUAUAUGUGUUGUUGACUACCAACUCCUAUUCUGAUAAAUGAACGAUCUUCAAUGUGAUGAA